AUGUACGGAAAGGACAACUAUGCUAUGCAGCAAGGAAAUCCAUAUGGCGGCGCAUACGCCGAUGAAAUAGGCCAGAGGAAGCCUUUGAUGGGACCUCCGCAGAUGAUGACUCGACAGCGAAUCAACCUGAUUGGCAUCAUCAUGGCACUUUUUGUGCCCUGGUUUGUGUUCAUCUUGAUGUCUGCGCUCUGGUCAUUUAAGCUGCGGUAUACUUCGCCAGGAGUGGUGAUCGCGAUCACGCUGUCUUUGGGCAUCCUCCUGGGGCUGUACACCCUCUACAGGGUACAGCUCUCUUGCCGGGCGAUCAUGUUUGGCCAGUUUCACCUGGUUGAGACAGGAAGAUUUUCCGUGUGGUUCCUUUUCAUUGCCGUUACAGCUUCAAUAGCGUUUCUGCUGGGCUUGCUGAUCGGCAGCUACAACUACCAGACCAACAUGCGCUCCAUUUUCGAUUUGGUCUCGCUGAAUUCCUACGUUGAGGUGAAUCCUGCAACUAUGCGGGGCCAGGAGCUGAUGGACGCAGGCAAGGUCCAGUUCGUUGCAGGUGCCACUCUGGAUUUCCACCUUGCGAACGGCUUCAAGAACACAGACACAUUUUGCGUAGCCCCCAUAACCGUGAACAACAUGGUGCUGGCUUCCUACGACUUCUGGGCGGUGGGUAAGAACUGCUGUUCCGACCAGCAAGCCGAUUUCAAGUGCGGGGCGUACAACGCUGACGGCCCAAAGGGUGGCCUAAGAAUAACCAACGACGAGGAUCGGGAUUUCUACAGGCUUGCCGUUCAGCAGGCGGAAUCUGCCUAUGCAAUUAAGGCCAUCCACCCCCUUUUCUUCGAGUGGACCGGGGACUCCUCUCAACAGGUCCAGGAUGACGAACGGGCAGGAUACCAGACGUUCCUCGUCGGAAUCAUGGCGCACUUCGGCUUUCAAGCCUUCUUGGUCAUGACAUCGGUGGCGUGUUUCACCAAGAACCGGUUCGAGUAG